AACCCCGAUUGGGUCCACAACAACAGAGGCAACUGCGUUCCGGCGCCGCAAUCGCCUCAUCAAAUCAUCCUUAUAUCUUUCUUGCCCGUCCACGUACCAAUGGCGAUGGUCAUGAAGUNAAUGUUAAUAAGGAAAGCAAUAACGAUGACGAUGAUAUUGACGACGCCAAAGAAGAUGAUGAUGACGAAGAAGAACAAGAUAAUUCAGUGGAUAAUGCUGACGACGAUGACGACGAGGCGAGCUUCGAGUUAAAUGAUGAUGAUGCUGAUGAUGAAGAGAAUGAAAACAAUGUAAAUGAUGUAGCCAGCAAUAUCGUAUUCCUGCGUUCGCGUGUGCCGCACUCACCUCGUCUGCGCAGUCAAUUGAAAAAUCAAAACCCCGUGCAGAGCUCCACUUUUG